AUGAAAUGGACUGUGAGCGUUUUGUGGGACCAGAACCAAACAUCUCCCAUGAAUCUGACAGCAAAGAUCAGAAAGGAGUAAAACGUAGUUUAACAUCAACCAAGGAGCCACAACAGCAGAUUCUGGCUCCUCCAGGUGAGAAGCCAUUUUUGUGCAAAACAUGUGGAAAAUAUUUAAAAUGUAGUCAAAGCUUAAAAUUACACAUGAGAGUUCACACUGGGGAAAGACUGUAUUCUUGCAUCACAUGUGACAAAACAUUCACUAGUGCAUCAAGUUUGAAGUCUCACACAAGAAUCCAUACUGGGGAGAAGUCACAUUCUUGCAACACCUGUGGGAAAACAUUCACUCAAAAAUCUUAUUUGAAUUCUCAUAAAAGAGUCCACAGUGAUGAGAAACCAUUUUCUUGCCAAACUUGUGGAAAAUAUUUCAAAUGUAGUAAAAGCUUAAAAAUACACAUGAGAGUUCACACUGGGGAAAGGCCGUAUCCAUGCACCACAUGUGGGAAAACAUUCACUUGUACAUCAAAUUUGAAGUGUCAUACAAGAAUCCAUACUGGGGAGAAGCCAUAUUCCUGCAUCACCUGUGGCAAAACAUUCACUCGGCCAGAACAUUUGAAGAAUCACACAAGAAUCCAUACUGGGGAGAAGCCAUUUUCCUGCAUCACCUGUGGCAAAACAUUCACUAAUGCAUCACAUUUGAAGGAUCAUACAAGAAUCCAUACUGGGGAGAAGCCAUAUUCCUGCAUCACCUGUGGGAAAACAUUCACUCAGAGAGGAUAUUUGAAGACUCAUACAAGAAUCCAUACUGGGGAAAGGCCAUUUUCAUGCACCACUUGUGGGAAAAAAUUCCCUCGUGCAUCAAUUUUGAAGUAUCAUACAAAAAUCCAUACUGGGGAGAAGCCAUAUUCCUGUACAAUAUGUGAAAGUGUUUUUAGAUUUUCUAGUAACUUAUUUGUCCACAUGAGAAGAAGCCACAAGGAUGAAAAGUCAUAAAUUCAACUCCUGUGAUGAAAUAUUCUGAGCAAUUGUUAAAAUAGAUUGGGAGUUGACGCUUUGGAACAGAACACGAAUGCUGCAUUUGGGGAAAGUUUUUUUCAUGAUUCUGACGUACAAAACCAUCCAGCCAAACCCCGACUGGAUGAGCGUUAACUUAUUAAAUGAUUACUUGUAGAUUUUUCCAAUAAAACAAGAUUGUAACAUCUCAUUUAGACAGUUCUUCAGCAACAAAAUAGGAUAUUGUUGCAUUUAUCUCUUUUUUUCUUCAAUGUAACUUGUUACUUAAAUGUUUUCGGGGAAUUUACUGUAAUCCCCCAAAUCUUUGUUGCACAUUGAACAUAUCCUGCUAAUGUUUAACCUUUUUUAUACAUAAAUAUUUGUCUGUGGAUCUAAUUGUCAAACUGAAAAAAUGUCCUGCAAAUAAAAAUGAUUGGUCUCUUAAACUG